AUGCCUGAAUAUAUGAAGUUGACUUGUCGUACAGAUUCACUCAUUCAACCAGAAUUCAAUGGAACUAAAGAGAACAAUGAAUCUUCUUGCACUGUUUUACUAUCACCAUCUUUAUCAUCAAAAUCUUCUUCAUACAAACAUAUAUACUUAAUCUAUUCUAUUUUAAUAUUUAUUUUAGUAGUCGUUAUACCAUUAAUGUUAAAAAUGACAUUAUAUGGUGAACCAAGCUUUUAUUCACUUUUCCCAAUCUAUUCAAUACUUUUCUCAUGUACAACAAUAUUUGAAGUAAUCAAACGUCUUCGUACAUUACAACAUGAAAUGAAUGAAGACAAUGCACCAGCGGAAGUGUAUUUUUCUUGA